AUCACCCACAGCUCCAGCACACUACAUAGCAAAGAAACAAAGGAACUUCGCCUUGCCCAUCGCCUGCGGUCACUGUCUUCGCGUCAUCAGCAGCUCACCAAUCUUCUCGUCAUCACCUCGUAUCUUCGCAAUGGACUCUCAAUCAUUCGAUUACUGGUUGUCCCAGGGCAAUUACAUGCCUCCGCACCAGACAACCAUAUUUGAGCUUCCUCCGGAGCUUUCCAAAGUUCCCAGCCUUAGCGGUUCUCCGGUCUCUUCCACAUACGACCAGUUUCCCGCUCCUCUACCUCAAGAAUACUACCCGCAAAUUUCUGGCGAGCCAAUGCACUUUGGAUCAUAUCCUCUUCCCAUGACCCCCUCGGACUUCGGUUCGGAUCACGACAGCCCAUACUGCAGUCCGCGGCCGCCACCACAGGCCGAGCCAGUAUUCGGGCAAGCACCUCCAGCCGCAGCACCUGCUGAGCGCCCACAUACUACCUCAGGAAGGAGGAGAGCCCAGAACCGCGCAGCGCAGCGCGCAUUCCGCGAGCGCAAAGAGAAGCACGCCAGAGACCUCGAAGCCCAGCUCACCGCGCUCACCGACAAGUACAAUAAGCUCGAGACAUCGCAUACGGAACUGAAUGCUGCAUACGACAAGCUCCGCAAGACAAUCGAGCUCCUUACCCAGGAUGACGACGCAGAAGGCGAGGAGGAGGACGGCAAGACCAUCAGGCGGCGAAGUAGCAAUACAGACACGCUCCGAAAACUCUUGGAGAUAUUGCACGGCGAGUUCAAGGGCGUCACAGUGAAGAGCGAAAGCACAUAGGAAGCUCGCCGGGACGCAAGCCGUUCGCUUUUAAAAUUCUUCCAUCUUCUCGUCUCUUUAGCGUGGGAGGAAUACUGAGAAAGCUGGGACUUUGCUCCCUUCCGGCAGGAGGAUUGGAAUGAACGAGCCGA